AUGUCCCCCUUCCGGUUGCUCUAUGGCAAGGCUUGCCAUCUACCUAUGGAGAUCGAGCACAAAUCUUAUUGGGCAAUCAAGGCAUGUGAUGCAGAUCUCGAAUCUUCACUAGUCAAUCGGAAGAUGCAACUCCAAGAACUUGAAGAAAUGAGACUUGAAUCCUAUGACAAUGCCAGAAUCUACAAAGACAAGCUGAAAAUGAUUCAUGACAGACAGAUUCUGAGGAAGCAGUUUUAUGAAGGUGACAAGGUUCUAAAGUUUAAAGCCCGGUUGAAGCUGAUGCCCGGGAAGUUUGUCACCAAGUGGGAAGGUCCGUUUAGAGUUACUAAAGUAUAUCCCUUUGGCACGGUAGAGCUCGUAGAUGAGGAGACCGGUAUAACUUCACAAGUCAACGGCCAUCUGCUGAAGCACUACCACGAGGAUCAAAGACCUCCUGAUCACCCGGUUGUUCCCUUCCACCCUACUCUUUUACUUUCUGUUGUAUUGCUGGUGAUAUCUGUUUGCUGA